GACCCGAACUAUAUUUGAUAUGAAAAACACGUGCUGAGUGUUUUUGUAUCGCAAUUCGGGAUCAGUUACCAGUUGUCCGGCAGAUUGCACGCAUUGACCAUAGUUUAGAAGUGACCAAUGUUUCCAACCUUGUCUCGCACCCCGACCCACCAGCUAACCGUUUAACCGUCUAUUUUUAGCCGAGGUUGACCGAACCAAUGAGACGGCGGACCAGACAUGGUUUUGUGAGCUCAUGGGUCGGUGAAUGGUAGUAAGAAGUAAACACAGUGAGUGAUAAAGAAGGAAAAGUUAGAUAGAGUUAAGACAGAUAGAAAGUGUAAGAAAGUUAGUACGUAUACGUUGAAGUGGAUUGUUCUACUACUACUAGUAUAAAUAGCUUUCAAUUCAUGAUCAUUGGGUUGGAUGUAAAAGGUGCGCUGGAUAUAAAACCGCUAUGAAGAGAAAACGAUGCAAUGAUCACUUACAGGCCUGGAGGCCGAAACCUUAAAAAAAGAACUUCAAGAAUUACAAUAAGAACGAAGGGAAAACUUGCGUUCCACUUGACUGGUAGACAUCAAAGAGCGGAUACCGCUGUUUAUUAUUACGAUAAUCAGCUAUUGUACAAGUCAGACCAGUAAUUGUAUUUUUCUUACGGCUCAAUCCUACUUGAUUUGUUUCGUCGUGUACUUAAUUUUAGCAAAUCAGAUAAAACGACACGAAUUUAAUUAACAGUGGAAUUUGAAAAUGUGUCUCAAAUUUGAAGAAACCGUGUGUUCAUUUAUGGAUUGUGUUCACCUGCGAUGGAUGAUAAGCUAUGAGGAUAGGGUUGUUUUAUAAUUCGAAACAGAAGUUGGGAUAUAAAUUUGAUUGAAAUUAAACCGCCUCGUUUGGACAAUGAUAUAUAAACUAUUAGAUUAGAUAUCAGAAAUUUAUUGCACCAAUUCGUAGCCUUCAGACAGAAUACAAACACAGACAACUUAAAACAGCAAGGAAUACCGAACAGCAAUUAAACUGUUCUUUUUCCUUUUUUUUUGUUCUAACGACACUUUGUGAUUUUUAAUCUUUAAAAUUAUCAUUGAACGAGAACAGUUGUACCGAGAAGCAGCCGCACCAGAAACACGUGAAUUUAGUGUUUAACCUUUGUAAUUAUUUGAAAUAUGUAGUCACACGUUGAUCGUGGAAUUUUUCAUAAACGUUAUUGUUUUGUUAAAUUUUUCUGAAAUCUAUCAAGUUGUGACUGUCGAUGAUAAAGUGGCCAAUAUUCAUGGAUGUAGGCCCAAAAUGCCAUGGUUACUAUGUAUAUCUGUAUUUCUCUUUUACAUACCGCCGAUAUACAGCAAAGCAAAGAUAGAGGAUAGUGCGAACAUUGGCACGUGUCCUCCAAAUUCAAACCAAAGUGAAUUAAAUUCUUUUUUGUGGAUAGUAAAGAGAGAACCGCCAUCUUACUUUUUCGGAACAAUUCAUGUUCCUUAUACACGGGUGUGGGAUUUUGUGCCAGAGAAUACCAAAAAAGCCUUUAACCAAGCAGAAAAUAUCUUCUUGGAAUUAGAUUUGACUGAUCCAUAUACAAUAUCAGCGUUAUCAAGAUGUCAGCUAUUACCACACGGAGAAAAUUUAUCCAAUGUUUUACCUGUGGAUAUAUACAACAGACUGAAACGCCAUCUGGACUAUGUUCGGGAUGCACUUCCAGAGUGGAUGACAGCUGACCAAAAGGGGAGGGGUUUAUAUCCAGAUUAUUUAUUUAAUGCAAUCGCGGGGAAUUGGGAACGUAAACGUCCUGUGUGGGUUAUGUUAAUGGUGAACUCUUUAACAGAAGGAGAUAUAAAAUCACGUGGUAUACCAGUGUUGGAUUUAUAUUUAGCUCAGAUGUCCGAACGCCAGGGAAAAGUUACGGGAGCAGUCGAGCGGGUGGAAGAACAAUGUGUUCCUUUAAAUGAACUUAAUUUCUCCCAGGUUGUGUUUGCGUUAAAUCAGACCUUGUGGCAACAUGAAUUUUAUCGACAGGGGAAAGAAACGAUGCCAUAUACCACAGAUGAUUUAAUAACACAUUAUAAUUGUGGAGAUUUGAACUCUAUAAUAUUUAAUCAUGAUACAGCCCAGGUGCCAAAUCUAGUAAAUACCUCGCUUCCACCUCAAGAUUUGCGAACGGCAAAAAAUAUAGAUGAAUAUUUUCGUAAUGAACUGAUAGAUAAACGAAAUCAACGAAUGACGGAAAGGGUGAUACAUUUAUUAGAGAAAUAUCCUGAUAAAAGUUUCUUCUUUGCUUUUGGUGCAGGUCACUAUCUGGGUAAUAAUACAGUAGUUGAUAGAAUGAGGUCAGCAGGUUAUGAUGUUCAACAUACGGGGCCAGAUUAUCAUAUACCCGAUAUUGUUAAUCCUAAUCCCCAGAAAUCACCAAGAAUAAGAAAGAAUUAUUUCUCAGAUAUGAAUUCAGAUUUCCCCCUUCCCUCGGAUGUAAUCUAUGGUGAUGCAAGAUAUCUCUUUAAUAAACAGUACAGUUCUGAUUUAACAGUAAAAGAGAGAAAGAGAUUACUUCGAGCCCAAAAACGACAACAACAAUUAACCCAACUGUGGAACAGUCUCGAAACAAAUAGUCAAAACAAUCAACCAAAGAAAAAACGUAAAAAGAAAAAUCGCAACCAUAAAACUUUUAAUGACCUUUGGGUCAGAAUGGAUGCAGAAGGUGCCAAUUUUCUGAAAGUAUUACCAGAAGAAAAUCCUCAUCAACUCCAGGCUACCACGAUUCCAGAUAUCAAGUAUUCCUAUUAUCACAGUCACUCAACCAAUCACAGCCCUUCGAUGCUGGUGAUAUAUGUUGCUAUGAUACUGUUACUAUGUACAACAAAUUCAAAUGAUUGACAUUCAGUCACAUUAACUUGUUUGUGAUUGGUCUGUGUGAUAUGGUUGUGAACCAAAGGAAUUCCAUGUAAUUAUAUGUAAUAUGAUCAAUAAUUGUAUGUGUAUAUAUCUGCAUGGAAGAUGAUGAAGCUAAAGACUUAAUAUUGAAGUGAUAUGUGUACGUUAAAGGAGGAUUUGAGGAUAUUAAUAUUAAAGCCACCUAUAGGUCUAUUGUUGUGUUAAAUGUUGUAAAAUAAUUUAGAUGUAAAAAUCAAACAGUUUAUUUAUAUAAUUGUAGUUAUCGAAAAUUAUAUUGAAAUGUAAAAAAAAUAAAUAAUCUGCGAAAUUCAAGUGUACUCACAUAAGGUCUAUGUGGGAAUUGUAUAAAAAAAAUAAUAAAACUGAUGUAAGAUUCAUAUACAUAAAGACUUGGAUCAUCUUGAUUCCAAAGAAUUAUUAAAUGUAUGUAAAUAAAAUUUCAGAACUAUUUUUAUGAGAAUUCAGCCAUACCAUGGCCCAGUCAAUUAUUGGGCUCAUGGUCCAUGCCUGUCAUUCAAUUUAUAUUUAGUACUCUCUAAACUCUCAUGGUCCAUGCCUGUCAUUCAAUUUAUAUUUAGUACUCUCUAAACUCUCAUGUCAGCCAUUAGAUCUUGAUACAAAGCUAUUGCCUGGAUCUUACAAAAUGAAAUUUUAUCGGUUGUGAUAGAAUUCAGCUUAUAAAUAUAUCAUAAAUUACAAUUCUCUACUAAAUUUAUUUUUAAGAAAGUUAGAUACUCUUUUGCCUUGCCUGGUAUCAUUACAGCAGAGUAUCAGAAUUAUCUGUUGUUGAAAUCAGUCAGAGUUGUCUUUCCUUCCUAAGAAAUUUUUUAAAUCCUCAAGAUUCUAAUCAAUACUUAAAGCCAAAAAUUUAAGAAUUAUGUACAGCAUCAGCUCAGCUGGUAUAAAAUCCACUGCCCUCAAAUUACCCCUGGCAUUUAAUGGAGGCUUAAUGAUCCUAUCAUGCCUUUGUGUCAUUCGAUGCAUGGGGCAUUAGUAGAUUAAAUGACAUUAUACAUCAAACCUUACUGAACAGAAAGAUUACAUUGACCCAACACAUUAACCAGUUUGAAAAUUUGUUAAAUGGAGACUACAUUUAAGUCCUUAAAACUAAAUAUAAAGAUGUGACUACCUCAGUAUACAGAUUAUGAAUAUUAUUUGUUUCUGCCAUAUUAUUAUAUGUUCUGUAUUACAGAUAACAAUCGGGAUAAAAUUGUUACUUUAU